GCUGCAUGCCUUUUGAAAACUCCAACUGCUGUCCCGUGGAAGCGAGAAGCCUGAUGGAAAAGCCCAUCUUAGCUGUACCCAGAACACCCAGGUCUGAGUGACUCUCCCUCCUGGAGUCUGACAAUUCCCCGUCAUCAGAAAAGAAACUGCUGCAGACAUAUCAGAAUGUCUUCUCUCCCUCCUAACCCCUCAGCUGGGCUUUCUCCUAUCAUGCUCUAAUCUGCCUCAACGCUGGCUCCUAACAGAAAGUGAGACAGAAGCCUCUAGGUAAAGACCGAAAUUGGCCUUGGAAGGUGGUAACUGGGCUUCCCCACCUUGUCUGUCUCUUGUGGAUUGCUGACCUGGUCCGGCCUGGCUUCCCUGCACUCCUCUCGACCCCAGCUAGUCUUUGCAAGAUCCCUGAUUGGCCACCGGCUCUACUUUCCGCUCUCACCCACAUCCCCUAGCUGAGGCAGGCUGCCCUGGCCCUGAUUGCUCUCCUGCUGUCCAUACUUCUGGGGUGACAUGGAGCUGGGUCCUUUCCCGAACGUCACUGCCAAUGUCACCUUGGAAGGGCCAGGGGACAACAACGGCAGGUUUAUCACUUUCUUCCUGGGCUGCGUCCUGGCCCUGAUGUGUCUGGUGGGCACCAUCGGCAACAUCUACACCUUGGUGGUCAUAAAUUCUUCCAUGAAGCUGGGAGGCUCCAUGUACAUUUACAUCGUUAACCUGGCCCUGGCGGACCUCCUGUAUCUGUCCACGAUACCGUUUGUGGUCUGUACCUACUUUGCCAGGGAUUGGUAUUUUGGGGACAUCGGGUGUAGGACCCUGUUCAGCCUAGACUUCCUCACCAUGCACGCCAGUAUAUUCAUCCUCACUGUCAUGAGCACUGAGAGAUACCUGGCUGUGGUGAAGCCCUUAGACACCAUCAGCCGAUCUCGGAACUACCGAAGAAUGGUCACUGGCAUCGUGUGGCUGGUGUCCUUCCUCCUGGCUCUGCCCACGAUGAUCCUCAUAGACCUUCGCACAAGCCAUCGGGAUGGAGUGACCAAGCACAUGUGCCAUCCUACUUGGCAGCUGGGGGCCUACAAGGUCUACCUCACCAUUCUCUUCCACACCUGCAUCCUGGCCCCGGGACUGGCCAUCUGCUACCUGUAUGGCCGGCUGGCCAGGACCUACUGGCAGUCCCAGACCGCUGUCGUCUUCACCGCUGAGAGGACCAAGAGGUAUCCCCGGGAAAAGGUCCUUUACAUGAUCUUCAGCAUCGUCCUCACCUACUGGAUCUGCUUCAUCCCCUUUUGGCUGUGGCAGCUACUGGGCAUCUACGACCAGCAGCCAGGGAGUAGGACUGGCAACACCGGAGUCUAUGUCAACUUCAUCGUCACUUGCCUGGCCUAUGGAAACAGCUGUAUCAACCCCUUCCUCUAUACUCUGCUCUCUAAUAACUACAAGGAAUAUCUCCAGAGCCAACAGAAGAGUGACAUCUGCUUGUCCAAACUCAGAAGCAAGAGGUCUCAGCUGUCUGCGAGCCUCGGACAAACAGAGACCACGGCUAUCGUCCAGAUCAGCGGAACACUCUGCCAGGCCAGCUCUGUGUGA